AAAAUAGUAUGUGACCAAAAAUAAAAAAUAAACCAUCUCUAGUUCACUCAUCUUUAACAGGAAAAUGUACAAUCAGUUGUCAUUCAAUGAGAUUUCCAGGAGAAAAAUUAGACUGUUUGAAGGUUCUACCGUGCAGCUCCUGCUUUUGGCCACUCCUGCCUGAUGAGAAGUGCUCCACCUGUCCCAGCCCAGCAGGAGGACCCACCCUGUGAAAGUCCAACUCUCAGGUGAAAUGUGGCCCUACAGGUCUGGUGAGAAUGCAGGACAACUUCAAGAGUCAGAGGCAGGGAGGUGACUGAUGAUCCGGAUUUCCAGAGAGAGAGCAGAGAGGAGCUCAAACACAGAUGUGUUCCCGUUUCUGAAGGGAGGGCUCACAGAAAAGGAGAGGGCCCCUGACCCUCAGAGAUCUGCGGACCUGCAGUAGACGGCUGACAGAGAGGAAUUUCCCUCCUCUUCUCUGACUGGAGCUGAGGGGUGUGUUGGGAGGGGGCAGAUGGUCAGUCUGAGAAACUGAGCAGAACUCCGGAAGGAGAGUGAGAGGAAGAGUGGGAGGAGGGCUGGAGAGGCAGAGAAAGACCAGCGAGGAGUGGACAGAAGAGGAGACAUGCUUCGCUACAGUUCCAGACGAGUUGUGUCCACCAGCACCACCACAACAGAGGACUCUGCAGAGCCUUCAAAUGAGAGAAGAUUUGCACGUCUCAGGUUAACUUUACCUGCAGGAAGUAAUGGGAAGAAGGAGCCACAAACCGAGGACAAGGCCGAAACAGAGAAGGAUGCCAGCGAAGCCUUGAAGAAGAACGGGUUCAUCCUCAGAGAGAGGCCGGCAGGCAGGGAGUCGCCUCAGCAGGUAGACAGACACUUAAACCGGAACCUCAGUGACACAACCAGUGGGGUGUCAGAGACCUUGCUGCAGCACCAUGGGCCCAAAGUGUAUGGCGUUGUGCAGAGGACGGGCUCGGACAGGCAGCAGGAACUUAUGGCGCGAGAGUGGACGGUCAGUCACCUGCAUGAUGAGAUGAGGUACAUCAGAGAGGUGAGAGACUCUCUGGAGAAGGUGAGAGAGCGGAUGUAUGGGCAGUUUGGAGGGAUGCAUCAAUCAGUGGAGAAGCUCUCACAGGAAAUCAGGGCAGCCAACUCCCACCGGAGGAGUUUAGAGUCAGAGGUGAAGGUCCGGACGGCAGCCAUGGAGAGCUUUGAUCAAAUGAACAGCUCUUUGAUAUCUGCAAACCUCAGCCUGCAGAAAUCUCUUUUGGAGAACUGUCAGAACAGAGUGGACACGAGGGAGGAGCUGAAGAGUUUGCGGAGCACCUGUGAUAAAGCGCAGGAAAAGCUCAAAAACAAGGAGCAGGAGCUUGCUGCUGCGCACGCUGAAAACCAGACGCUGAGACUUCAGGUGGAGUCUUCACGGGAGGCCAGCACUCUGGCUCUGCAGGAGCUCUCGGAAAAACUUCAGAGGGAAUAUGAAGAGAAGCUGCAAAAAGAACAACAGAAACACAGAGAAGAGAUAGAAAACCUACAGGCUCAACUCGAUGAGUACAUCAGGCGCCUGGAGAAAGCGGAGAGGAACAUCAUGAUCGCGGACGUCAAGAUUGCAGAGAGAGACCAACGGAUCUUAGAGGUGGAGCGUCUCCUGGACUGUAUGGGAAAGGAGAAGCUUCAAUUCCAGAAGAAGCUGCAGGAAAAUGAACAGCGUCUUCGUUUAUUGGCGCUCGCAGACGCAACCGAUGCAGCUGCAGCCAAAAGAUGCAAAGACCUGCAGAGUGAGACGGAGGAUCUCCGUGACAGAAUCAGACACCUAAACGACAUGGUGUUCUGUCAGCAGAGGAAGGUCAAAGGAAUGAUCGAGGAAGUUGAAUCCCUGCGAGCUCAAGUGGCCCAAAAAGACAUGUUCAUCUCUGAGCUUUUAGACAGAAUUGCAAUAGUUGAGUGUGAGAAUAAUGAAUUAGAAGACAAAGUGAAGUAUUUUAUGUCCACACAGAACAGGCCACGAGAAGCUUUGGAAACUAGAGACAUCGGAGUAGGUUGUGAUCUGCUCUCCAGCUGUGAAGCACGUGACGUUGAACCUGUUCGCCUCCAUUCCAUGCAACCUCUAUCAUCACCUCCACCACUAUCACCCACCUCUCUUUCAUCACCCAUACAACAGUCUUCAUCCACACAGCCAUUAUCCCCAACGCAACCCCCGUCCCAGUCAUCUCCAGUCCAUUAUCCAUCAUUUAAACUAACAAUGCCCAUGCAGCUAAGGAUGUUCAAACCUGCUAACCCUCCACCCAGCAGAUUGGAGUCCAGUUUGCUGAAAUACACUCCAGUUCAGUACAGUCGCUUCCUGCAGUCCAGCACCUCAGCACAGAACGGUACACCAACCUACAACCACCCGUCUGAGAACGAAUCCGUGAGUUUGGUUCAAUCAGGAAGAGAUGAGGUGGAUGGAGACAGACAGUCAACUAAACCGGAGUCCUCGUCCUCUAUGUCCUCUAUGUCCUCUAUGUCCUCUAUGUCCUCUAUGUCCUCUCAAACAACACCCAGACGGUCAGAAGUUUACACACCUUUUAUGAAGCUCAUGGAAAUGACUGCAAACAUAAACAUAGAGUAAAAAUAUGGGAGUUAAUGUCUUUGGUUUAGGUUGGUAGCUACUUUUUUGUUGGCAAUUAUGAAUUUUCACAAAGGAACAGAUAAAGUCAUGUUCAAGUAAUUAAAAUAAAUGCACUUGGUUUGAAUUUGGCACUUAAACUUAAAUGAUCCAGUUUCAAUUUUCAGGACAUCUUUUGAAAAUCAAACAUCAAAUAAACGAGAAUUACUCUCAUAAAAAAGUUUAUUAUUCUUAGCAUAUCCAACACGUUUUAAUAACCUUUAAAGGUGUGGAACACUGAAAAACCAUUAUUUUAAUUGUAUUUCUGAUUAUAAUGGGUCACUCUGAGUUUUUCAUGCAGGCUGAACAUGAAAAGUCUCCUACACCUAUCUCCUGUAUUAGCUUCUGAUAGAAAAUGGAAAUCUCUAUAGGAUUUAAAAAGCCCGACAGAUCUACGUCACGUUGUCACUUGGCAUUCACCAUCUUGACUCACGACGGGGAAGGCUGUUGUUGGUUUAGCUUCCAGGAAAUAGCAGAGAAUGUCUCGGCCAGUAGAAGCUAACUGUUAGCAUUGGCAACUCCACCACCCUGCAGAACUCCUCCAAGCUUGUGUUAUUUGUGGAGAUAAACAUCAGUGUUGAAAGGCAGUGGUAAAAUUGCAUUGCUGUUUUCUAAUCUGGGGCAAGAGGUCCAAAUAUCAGGAAAUAAGACUCCAAGCUCAGCUGUGAUGUGGCUUACUUCUGCUUCCUGGAAAUGGUGUACUGGUGUUUUUCCCUCCGGAGUGCGACUUAAUUCCAACUAGACUCUACUGCAAACCUAUUGGACAAAAAGUGUUCCAUACCUUUAAAAAUAAAUUAUUUUGGAUGGAAAAAGGAAAUCAGCUUCAGGUGUUAGCGUGGUCUAAAAUCUCCUGUUUUUUUUUAUUUUAUUUUCCGUUUCUGUUUGGAUGAAAUCAUGAUAUAUUUGGCUUUUCAAGGCUGCUGAUUUAUGAACUUUUGAACAGAAAGAGGUUUAUUAACAAACUCCACCUCAUUGCCAGUGUUAAGGUUGUUACCAGACUAAUCUUUAAACAAUCUUUCAAUUGAAUUUUACAUCCAGCUGAAGAUCAUUUCACAGGUUGUAGAUUUUUCUUGUUUUCAAUGGAAUAAAUCCUCUUCAGUGACACAUAAAUUACCUUUGAAGCAGUGGGACAAACAGUCAUUUUUUUGUGUUCAUUCUGACACAAAAAAAAUCUAAAAUAGUAUUCUGUUUAAUCAAAUAAAUAGCCAGUUCUGUUUAUGGAAACAGAUUUUUCUCUCAGAAGGGUGUAAAUAUUUUUUUUUACUACAUUAAUCAUUAAGUUAUAAAUAUUCAUUCCUGUUCAUGGGUUAAUAGAAUGUUUGUAUUUUCACCAUUUCAUAUUUUCUCUGUACAAAUAUUAAGUGAAUGUAUUUUAAAUAAAUAUAUUUUGCUAUUUUGGCAGUAUGUAAAUAAUAUUUAUUGAUAUGCUUUGUACCUUUGAACAUCUGACUCUUUGAGGGUGGUGGCAAUAAAUAAGUGAACAGGCAACAGGGUGAUUAAAGUUAUUUUGAUGCUAAUAUAUUUAACUGGGACUGCCGUUCCUCCUCCAACACUCAUGUUGUUGUUUGUACUGCCAUGAAUAUGUUUGAAGGAUCUUAAGGCACAUGUUUUCAUUAUAGCAAACAUUAAACCUCACAAUUUUGAUGUAACUACAAUUUGCCACCAUGUUUUAUAAAUAUAAUAAAUGCAUAAUAUAAUAUUGUA